CGCAAGCGUCCGCCGGCCCGGCAGGCGCUGGCGCCAGCGCCGAGCUCCGGGGCUGUAGCGGCAGCGGUGGGACCCAAGGCUGGAUCAAAGCCUCCAGGGAAGAGCUCUGCCAUCAAGGAGGGCGGCACAGGGACAGGCCACAUCCAUGGACCCCUCUCAAGACAACCCAAAAGCACCAGCAGGGCUGCUCUCCUAAGCUGCAGAGGGCCUAGGAACACCAUCCUCUGGGAAGAGCCAUGGUGUUUAGGAGGGGCAGCUCCCAGUCAUGGCCUGGCCUGGGAGGUGGCAGUGGUUAUACAGCCUCCCUAGGCAUGCUCAGGGCUGCCGUGCUGCUUGUCAGCCUACCGUGGGGGGCCCAGGGAGCAGCCUGUGCCAACGUCAGCAUGGCCCUGGGCCAUCGUGGGCCACUGCCAGGGGGCCGCUACUUGAGCAUUGGGGACGGUUCUGUGGUGGAGUUCGAAUUCCCAGAGAAGAGCGAGGGCAUCAUUGUGAUCUCAAGCCAGUACCCGGGCCAGAGCAAUGGGUCAGGGGCCAACCCCAUGCUGAGAGUCACCUCCCUGGACACAGAGGUGCUGACCAUCAAGAAUGUGAGUGCCAUAACCUGGGGCAACAGGGGCGGCUUUGUGGUGAGCAUCCACUCAGGCCUGCCCGGGCAAGCCCCACUCCACAUCCAGCUCAUGGAUCCUCAUGAGACCCCACCUGUGCUGAUCGAGGAGCGGAGAGAUUUCUGCAUCAAGGUCUUGCCGGCCGAAGAGGCCCCUGCCACCCGUGGCGCUGACCAGGUCCACUUCUCAGAGAACCCAAUACUGUACCUGCUCCUGCCUCUUAUCUUUGUCAACAAGUGUUCGUUCGGGUGCAAAGUGGAGCUUGAGGUUCUAAAGGGGCUCCUGCAGAGACCUCAGCCCAUGCUGCUGGGCCUCCUGGGCCAGUUUCUAGUCAUGCCCUUCUAUGCUUUCCUGAUGGCCAAAGUCUUCAUGCUGCCCAAGGUCCUUGCUCUGGGCCUCAUUAUCACCUGCUCGUCGCCUGGCGGCGGGGGAAGCUACCUCUUCAGCCUCCUCCUGGGAGGGGAUGUCACCCUGGCCAUCUCUAUGACUUUCAUCUCCACAGUGGCUGCCACUUGCUUACUGCCACUGUCCUCAGCUGUCUACAGCCACCUGCUGAGCAUCCACGAAACACUCCACGUGCCCAUCUCCAAGAUCCUGGGGAGCCUGCUGUUUGUCGCCAUCCCCAUCGCAGCAGGCGUGCUGAUCAAGUCCAAGCUCCCCAAGCUCUCCCAGCUGUUGCUGCAAGUCAUCAAGCCCUUCAGCUUCGUGCUGCUCCUGGGCGGCCUCUUCCUCGCCUACCGCAUGGGGGUCUUCAUCCUGGCAGAUGUCAGGCUGCCCAUCGUGCUGGUGGGCCUCACCGUGCCCCUGGUUGGCCUCCUGGUAGGCUACUGCCUGGCCAUAUGCCUAAAGCUGCCAGUGGCCCAACGGCGGACAGUCAGCAUUGAGGUAGGGGUGCAGAACAGCCUACUGGCCUUGGCCAUGCUGCAGCUGUCCCUCCGCCGCCUUCAAGCUGACUACGCCUCCCAGGCCCCCUUUAUUGUAGCACUGAGUGGCACCUCAGAGAUGCUGGCCUUGGUCAUUGGCCACUUCAUCUAUAGCAGCCUGUGCCCAGUUCCCUGAGGCCCCUGGGUCAAGCUUUUGCCACCCUUAGCCCCCACCCUCCACCCACUGUCCCCACAGUUCUUGUGUACCAAAGGCCUUUAGUUCUCAUGCACUAUGCAGUCAGAAAAUCCAGGCUUAUUUUUUUUACUGGUUUUUUAUUCUCCAGCUUUCAGUGCCAAAGAGGCCAUGCUGAGUUAGGUAGGUGGGCACUGCCCAGAAAAUAUAUUUCAAUAAAAGAGAAGCAAGCUUC